AAUGAAGUUCCGGAACCUCCUUCAGAUAAUAUUGAUGAGGAUCCAAAAAUAGAUUUAAAUAAAGUAGAAAACAUUGUUUAUACGAUUUAUACUAUUGCCUUCAAGGUUCCGACGAUUACUGAAGGUCAAGAAGUGAAUUGUCGGUUACGCCACCUAUAUACUUUUGCCAUGAAAUGCCAAACGCGUGUAAAACAAAGUUUAAAAGAUUUACAAAAAACCCAAACUAAAGACCAACAAACGAUAGAAAAAAUUAAAAGGGCAGAGAACGUCCAAACCGUGACUCACAAUAUUUUUACAAUGACGAAGGAAUUAAUGAAACCUGCGGUUGCACGACAUUUCACAAAAGUUGUCAUUUCCUGGCGUGCACCACCACAAUCGAUAUCACCACAAUCCACGACAUCGUCUUCAACGUCGUCGACGCCUUCAACAACAGUGGGUAACAAACGCCCAAAUAUUAGUUCACCAUCAACUCCAAAUAAAAAACAAAAGCCGGCACAAAUAUCAGCAAAUACUCCUAUUACUACACAGGAACCUCGAGCUCGUCAAAAAAUUUCGGUAUUUCAAGUAACAAACCAUCCUCGUACCGGUCAAGCUAAUAAGAGAGUCGGUGGAAAUGGUGGCAACAACAGGAGUAACGGUGAUGGUGGUUAUGGACGAAUUGCAAAAAUUGCGCGAAAUAAGAACAAUGAGAAAAACCUAUAUGUACCACCACCAAGAAGAGGUACGUAA